GCUCCACACAGACACAGUCACACUGGACUGUGGCAGGAACGUGUAACUUUUGAGAACAUUUCCUGUUUUUCCCCAAAGGUACUACAAUCCGGGGACUGGAAUAAUGGCACACUAUGGAGACCAGGGCUGCGAUGGAACAGACUUAUUAGACCUGCUGUUUGACCAGACCGACGGCAUCCUACGUAACGAGGAACUAGGGCACCAUGGAAACCAACCGUGGCCAAUCCCAGAUCGUGGUAUGAUGAGCCAGGUCGAUGACACUGUCAACUUCCUGAAUGCCUUGCUGAGCGGCAGCGACUCAGUGUCGGAAUCCCCCUUGUGGUCCCCCUCUCCCAGCGACAGUGGCAUCAGUGAGGACCCCCACUCCGAUCAAAUGGACAGCCCACCACCCCCUGACAGCCCCCCUCUGGAGCCCCACUGCCUCAGAGCUCUCGCCAACACUAAAUCUGCAUUGGGCGCCGCGGAGCCUGGCUGCUCAGCUAACCUGGCAGAAGGAGGCUGGCCGUACAGUUUCUUCCCUGAGAGGACUGCGGAGAGUCAGCCCGUGUCUGAACCCCUCCAGAGCCAGACAGCCUCCACAUUCCCCCUCACCGUCAAAGGCCUGUUGCUGUCCAGCACCGCCGAACACACACAGCAGCCUUCCCAUCAGCCCUUUCAGGAGCUCGUUCUCAACGAGGACGAGAAGAAACUUCUGGCCAAGGAGAGCGUCACUCUCCCCACCAAGCUGCCCCUGACCAAGUACGAGGAGAGGAUUCUGAAGAAGAUCCGCAGAAAGAUCCGGAAUAAGCAGUCUGCCCAGGAGAGCCGGAAGAAGAAGAAGGAAUAUAUUGAUGGCCUGGAGAACAGGAUGGCCGCCUGCAGUGCGCAGAACCAGGAACUGCAGAGGAAGGUGUUCCAGCUGGAGAAACGGAACACGUCUCUGCUGGAGCAGCUCCGCAGACUCCAGGUCAUGGUGAUGAACGGGUCCAAUAAGGCCGCUCAGACGGGGACCUGCAUCCUGGUUCUCGUGCUGUCGUUCGCUCUCAUCCUGUUCCCCUGUCUUCAGCCCUCCUUCUCCGGGAGCAAAGUCCGUGAGGGAGGCGACUUCGGCGCGGUGAGAGUCCAGUCCCGGUCCCUGCACAACAUCCUGUCCUCGCGGGUCGUGGACGGCGUGGACCAGGAUUAUUACGCGGGAGAGGACGACGGGGUGGACAAGAACACAACGCUGCCGGCUCGGCCCGACCUCAUCCCACACUCCGACCUCAUCCCACACAACUCCAGCCUGGAUGAGAGGGGCCAUCGCCACGGAGACCCCAUCACUGGCCACGUCGCCACGGUGACCUGGGCAGCGCGCCAUGAUACGCCUCUUAGCACGUAUGCAGAUGAUAUGUGAAUGGGGGUGGGCUUGAGCAUAGGGGGCCCGCACAGAUUAAAUCUCUGACUGCUCCUCACAGAACAUCUGCCUUAUUGAUGUCCGUACAGUAAUUUACAACUUUCUUUCAGAUUCUUCUUCAAACAACCGACUUAAAAAGUUCACUUGCCUUUCAUUGAGGACAUCUUGCGUCCUGGAUGUGAUGUGAUGAAAUUCACCAUUCUUUCUCAAUAUGUUUCUUAAUGACUUCACAAUGCAUAGUCAAAUUAAAUGUUCUCCUUUCCUGUGAAGCAGACAUAUUCUGUGAAUCAGACAUAUUUUCUAGACUUACUGUAGUUCUACAAAGGAUGUCCCAUGGAAGGUGAAAUUCAUUUCAAUUAAAAGUUACACCAAGCAU